UUCUGCUAAUUUCACCUGAUACUAGAAAUCGAAAAUUGAGAAAAAACUGAAAAUGAUAGAAAUUUUACAAAAGUGAAUUUGCUAAUGCAAAUUGAUAUUAAUAAGAAUGAAGGAAAUACUAAACAUAGUCUCUGUACUAAGUGUAUAAAUAUAAUUUUUAGAUGAAAUUCAUUCUACAGUUCUGAGUAUAUUAUUGUUAGGGCGAUUGAUAAAUAAUUGUGUCUUACUGAGAUCAAAAUGGGUUCUACCGUUGUAGAAAGUAGCAGCAAUUGUUUCGAUAAUGCUCUCACCCUAGAACUUGGACCUAUGGAAAUUGUUCAUCGAUGGAAGCGAAUGCCUGAAUGUGACGAAUUUGUAGGAGCUAGGAGGAGUAAGCAUACGGUUGUUGCUUUCAAGGAGGCAAUAUAUGUAUUCGGAGGAGAUAACGGUAAGAGCAUGCUGAACGAUUUACUCAGAUUUGAUGUCAAAGAGAAAUCAUGGGGUAGAGCCUUCGCUACUGGUAUUCCACCAGCUCCAAGAUAUCAUCAUUCUGCUGUUGUCCAUAAUUCUUCAAUGUAUGUCUUUGGAGGUUAUACAGGAGAUAUACACUCAAAUUCCAAUCUCACGAAUAAAAAUGAUCUCUUUGAGUAUAAGUUUCUUUCUGGCCAAUGGGUGGAAUGGAAAUUUGUCGGUAGAACUCCUGUACCCAGAUCAGCUCAUGGAGCUACUGUCUAUGAUAAUAAAUUAUGGAUUUUUGCUGGCUAUGAUGGUAAUGCUAGGUUGAACGAUAUGUGGACUAUACCACUUGUGGGUGAUGCACGUUUCUGGGAAGAAAUUGAACAAAAAGGAGAAUGUCCACCAACUUGUUGUAAUUUUCCAGUUGCAGUAGCUAGGGAGUGUAUGUUCGUUUUCAGCGGACAAAGCGGUGCAAAAAUAACGAAUUCAUUGUUCCAGUUCAACUUUCAAGAGAAAACAUGGACUCGUAUAUCAACAGAGCAUAUUCUGAGAGGUGCACCACCCCCACCAGCCAGAAGAUAUGGGCAUUCUAUGGUGGCAUUUGAUAGGCAUUUAUAUGUUUUUGGGGGAGCUGCUGAUAGUACUUUAUCAAAUGAUCUACAUUGUUUUGAUCUAGAUUCUCAAACAUGGUCAGUAGUUCAUCCAGUUCCCGAUUCAUUUGUGCCUUCAGGGCGACUUUUUCACGCUGCAGCCGUUGUGGGAGACGCCAUGUUCAUAUUCGGGGGUACGGUCGACAAUAACGUCAGAAGCGGCGAAAUGUACCGUUUCCAAUUCUCCAGCUACCCCAAGUGCACCCUGCACGACGAUUUCGGGAAGAUCCUGGAAACGCGACAAUUUUGCGAUCUGCAAUUUCUGAUCGGCGCCGAUGAAACCAGAAUCUUGGGACAUGUGGCCUUGGUGGCCGCAAGAUCGCAGUAUCUGAGGACGAAGAUCAGGCAGGCCAAGGAGAAUAGGGAUAAACAUUUGGAGAAAUUGUUCGGAACGACCAAAGUACCUUUCAACGACACCCCCCUGAUUCAGGUCAAGUUGCCCGACGCAGAUCCGGAAGCUUUCGAGAUGGUCUUGAAUUAUAUUUACAUGGAUUGUAUAGAUCCUACGAAGAAGGCUAAGAAGGACGAAGACCCUUUCAGUAACAAGAUCGUGCUGAGAAUGAUGGACGUUUACAGAUUAGCAGUGCAAUUCAACAUGGUCAGACUGGAAAACCUCUGCAUCCAAUACCUGAAUGCCACGAUUUGCUUGAAAAACGUGCUCGUCGCUCUUCACAACGCAGAUCAGCUACAGCUGAAAUUCAUCAAAGAGCACUGCCUCCGUUUCAUUGUGAAAGAAUCCAACUACAAUCAGAUAGUGAUGAGCACCGAGUUCGAAGACUUAGAUAGGGGACUUAUGAUAGAGAUUAUUCGCAGGAAGCAGAAACCGCAAAACAGAACUAGCAAUCCGUCAGAUCAACAACAAAGUAAUACAAACGGAUCAUCUCUGGAACAAGAUAUGGCCAUGUUCCUUAUAGCAACUGGAAAGGAAUUUUGCGACAUUGAUUUAAUACUGGAUAAUCAUGUUAUACCUGCGCAUAAGUCUAUUCUGGCAGCACGAUGCGGAUAUUUUGAGGCCAUGUUCAGAUCAUUCAUGCCUUCAGAUAAUACUGUCAGAAUCCGAAUUGGGGAAAUGGUUCCAUCCAAGGAAUCAUUCGAUUCACUCCUCCGUUACAUUUACUACGGCGACGUGACUAUGCCGCCCGAGGAUUCCCUCUAUCUAUUUUCAGCACCGUUUUUCUACAGUUUCACGAACAACAGAUUACAAGCCUUCUGUAAGCAAAACCUGGAGAUGAACGUUACAUUUGAGAACGUUAUCCAGAUAUUAGAGGCAGCUGAUAAGAUGCAAGCUAGCGAUAUGAAAAAAUACGCAUUGGAUCUGAUUGUGCAUCAUUUUACUAAGGUUGCAAAAUUGCCGAAAUUGAAGAAUUUGAGUAAAGAGCUCAUACUGGAUAUUUUGAUGGCUCUCGCCAAUGAUAUGAGCGAGACGAAGAUGUGCCAAGAUGUUUCAUCUGGUAGUUUGAAUAGUGAUUAUUUGUACUGAAUUUAGGCUUAUUAUGCAUUCGUUUCGAUGUGAAUCUUAUAUAUUCAAUGUUAUCUUUAGAGAUUCAAGGUGCAUACCUUAUUUUCUUCAAUUUAAACUAUUUCUUAGCUUUAGAAUAAUGCUGUGAUACAAUGGUAUAAGAAGGACGGACUUAUACAUACAUGUUUAGAGAGCUGUGAAGCUGUUUGUUGAUGAUUAAUUCGGAGUUGUUAGCUUCUUCAUCUGAGAAGGUGUAAGAUGGCUCUGCUGACAUUCAUUCAAAAUGAUUGGGUUUUUCACUGACAAAAGAACUUUUACAAUCUUCAGACGAGACCCAAGUGGUGACAUUAUAUUCACCAUAUAUCAUUAAUAAAUCAAGAAAACCU